AUGAAGGAUGAUGCUGGACACAUGACUGCAGCACGAAGCACCCGCGAACAGCACACGGCGCUACGUAAGCCUACAGGCAGGGGACAUCUCGCCCAAAUGGACGGCGCAAGCUACAACAUGGACGUGGACGAUCUGUUCGGAGACUCGGAACAUGUCAACAUCACCACUAUCAACACAAUCCCGCCACUAAAAGGCCUCGACGGGCGCAUUGACGAGCUAGCGUCCAGUGGCUGUUGCCAGAAAAUCUCAUGGUCUAAGAAUGGCUGCGUGGCAUACAUCAGUCCUGAUGGCUACUCUGUCAACCUGAAGAUCUUCUCGUAUGACCCUGAGACCGGCAAAUGGAACCUUGGGAAGGCUGUUCCACUGGAAUUCCCACAGAAUCGGGAGGUCUUUCCAUUAACCCACCUGUCAUGGAGUCACCUAGGCAAUGAUCUUGCCGUCAUGGACGAAGCAGGUCGUGUCAUGGUCUUCUCGUGUGCCAUGGCCUUGGACCGCAUGCAAUUCAGCAGAGCCGAUAUACCUCAUCCUGAAUCCGAAGUAGAUGCAGUCGUAGGCAUGCACUGGCUGGCGAUUCUGCCUUAUUCGCAAAAAAACCUCAUUGCUUGGUCAGCUGCCCGAGAGGGAAACAAGUGGAAGUGGAAUAUCAGACAACACUUGUUCAACAACGCGCAUCAUCCCGUCGAUGGCAAAGCGUCUCUCAUUUACCUCAAGAGGCACGGCGAACUCAAGCUUCGCUUCCAGCAGAAUGACAACUACUGGCAAGAAGCAUCUGCCCAGCUUGGGCCCAUGCUCUCAACAAAGGAGCCCUUUACCCAUGCAGCGUUUGCGUCCAACAAUGACAACACUCUUCUGUUGACAGCCUACGACGUCAAGAGAAGGCUUUACCUGUAUCGUAUCGAAACAGUCUGGAACGUCCCAGCAGAUAAGCGCAGUCAAAAUGCAGGUCCAUUCGAGAAACCAACGAUUCAGGUCUCAUUAAUAGCCAUGGAAGACGAUUGUAACCCCGUUGACAUGACAAAUGACGAUCUGAGUAACGGUACAGAAUCGAGGGGCACAGCUGCUGCUCAACUAACCCACCUCAACUUCCUUCCCGUUACACCCCAGCAGGACGAUGUCUCUAUACCCACCAUCCAGGCCAUAUUCUGCAAACCACCAAAUCCCAUAUCAUAUGACUUAAAUCCCCAGGAGUCGCGUUACAGCAUCGUCGUCAAAUGGGAAGUGCAUCAAGAGCAAAAAAGUCAGCUACAUCCAAGUCUGGACCAGGUCACGUCAAAGAAGAAAAGCGUCAGUUCAAUACCUGCUCAAAAUACCUUUGUACUCAAGAGGCAGCUUGAUUUUGCACUCCAUGCAGUCGUCUUAGCCUUCUACCCCAUUUGGUAUGAUAUGCUCUUUGCCUUUUGCUACAGCGACGGUGCAAUAGAGUUCAGGAAACGUUCUACUAUGGAGGGUAUCCUGCCAGAUGACAACACCGACACCGUGACCUCGCUCUUACAAGCCGGAUACAUUUUCCAACAUGCCGAGCCUUCACUACAUGUGGCUUUCUCGCCCAACCACUGCAUAGCUGUGUGUAUGCAACUAGAUGGUACUACAAAGCUGCGCUCGAUGGAGUACUCACAUGGCACACUAGCUACAGGCGAUGACGAGCCACAGCACUCAGCAGCACUUGCAGCACUAACUCUCCAAUUCGCUUCAGCCGCGAACCAGUACUUCUCGAGCGACGACAUCUUCGCCAUUGUCGGACCAAUCAGCGAAAAGCGAAAACACGACUUCGUCAACCAUCUCUUUGAGGGUCUCCAAGUAAACAUCGACUGCGGAAUUGAUGAGAACGCAACCAAUCACUUCAUCUUGAUGGGGCGGUCACCCUUCUUCGUCAAAAAUCUUUCGGCAAUGCAUCUUCUGGGACUUGAAGGUGGCAUCAAGCGCUCACUCAGCAGUAAAAUGGCUUGGAUGAUCCUCAACGUCAAGUACCUUACACAGAUCUUGACGGCCGUGUUCCGUCUACAUGGCGACCCAGGGAAAACGAACCUCAAGGCCGAAUACGUGCCCCCAAUGAUUGGAACCUGCAGAUGGACCAUGCACUUCAUGGCAUACAUACUGGACGAACUCUUCACCCUAGGACGCGCCCUGUCCGACAUCCCCCCGGUUGAACUAACGCGUGAAGUCCUCGAAGCCAAAAUGCACGAGCUCAAUAACCCCUCCGUCCUCUUCCUCCUCUCCGCCUUCCCUCGCGCCAUGAUGAAAAUGUGGGCGCAACCAAUUCAAUGGGUGAAACGCAGCGCCGAAGCCCACACCGCCAACCCAAACGCACCCACGCCCUCCCCCGAAGCAAAAAAGCUCUUCACCCCCCUCCUCUCUGCCGUCACCGAAUUACCCUUUGAAUGGCGCUGGUUCGAAGUCCUAAUCUGCGAAACACAAAACCACGUCCGCGGCAUCUACAGACAACGCUCCCAAUCAGAAGCCCAACGCAACGUCCUCGAGCGCCAGCUCCUCGUCGGCAAAAUCCCUGAUAUCCUCUUUCCAGUCGCUAAACGCCUCGUCACUGAUACCCUCUGGAAUAGCAACCAGGCAAACGCUUGUCUGGCGGAUAAACUUGAUCUGGGAAAACUCAUGUUCUUCGAUACUACGUGGUUGGGUCUUGAAACUUCUAAACGUGCGGCUACAUGGCAUGAUACACAUGUCGUAGAUGUGUGCCAGAAGAUGAUUAUCCGUGGUACGGGCACGGUUACGCAUCCGGUCAAUACGGGGCAUGGGUCGCGCAAUCGCAGCGAUAGCAUUGCUAGUGCUGCGGGGGCGAAUGGGGAGGACAAGAAGAGGAAGGGGAUGUUGAGGCAGUGUGUGAGGUGUGGUUCUUGUAUGGAGGAUGUGUUUCCGGGGCUGCAAGGCUGGAUGCUGGUUGAAAGCAAGGGAAAGGCGAAAUGA